AUGAUUGAAAAGAUAUCUAGGCCAAAAGGUAGACCUAGAGUUUUACCUAUUGCACAAAGAAAAAAAGUAUCAAGAGCUUGUGAUGUUUGUAAAAGAAGGAAAAUGAAAUGUGAUGGUACAAAUCCAUGUCAAUAUUGUCAAUCAAAAGUUUUAACUUGUAAAUAUUCAAAAAUAGAUGGUAGAUCUUUAAAAUCAAAAGCAUAUUUGGAAAAAUUAAGACAAAAUCAAGGUCAAGAAUUACCAACAAGUCCUUCUCAAGAUACUAAUGAGUUUAAAAUACCGUCAUUGACUACUUCUCCAACGACAGUUCCACAGAAGGUGGGAGUGGCCGUUCAACAUCAACAAGAGCAUCAACAUCAACAAGAGCAACAACAUCAGCUAAAUCAAGACAGUCAAACACAACUCCCUGCACACUCACAACAUUCUCAUCAAGGAAAUGGCCAGUCAACUCAACGAAAAGAACAAUCUCGGCCACGACAACAUCAACCUAUUAACCUUGAAAGACUGUCAUCAAUAUCAUUAAGUAUAAUAUGUGAAAAUUUACAAGCAGCAUUAACAAAUGAUAAUAUAAUUUCAAAAAAUGAUCAAGAAGGUUUAUCAAAUUUAAAUGGUCAACAUACAAGAUUAUUAACUACAAAAACUGGAAAUUUAAGAUUUUUUGGAGAAAGUUCAGCAUUAUCAUUAUUAGGAGAAUGUAGAUCAUUAUUUAGAGAAAUUUCAGGACCAAGUCUUUUUACAAAUGAUCCUGUACAGCAAUUUAUAACUGAUGAAAGUGUUGAUUUUAGAAAUUUACCUGUUCCUUCUCAAUUACCAACAAAACAAGAUGCUUUAAUAUUAAUAGAUUUAUUCAAGACAAAUAUUAAUGAUACUUUUUAUAUUUUUAAUAUGCAAUAUUUUAAUCAAUAUAUAUUUGAAGAAACUUAUAAAAAUCCAAUAAAUACAAACACUAAGAAAUUAUGUUUAUUAUAUAAUGUAUUUGCAAUUGGAAGAUUAUAUAGUGAAUGUUCACCAAAUUUACAAUUAAAUUUACCAAGUUCAGAAAUUUUUUUUAAUCUGGCUCAAGUAUUUUUUAGAAGUAAUGUAUUUGAUGGAAAAUUAUGGAUAAGUGAAGUUAAUUUUUUAGAAUAUUUUUAUUAUCAAUCUUGUUGUAAUAGAUCAAAUGCUUGGAUUCAAUUAGGUAAUGCUAUAAGAAUUGCACAAGCUUUGGGGUUACAUCGACAUUGUAUAAAUAGUAGAAUUGAAAAUAUUGAUAUAAAAAAUCAUAGAAGAAGAUUAUGGAGAAGUUUAUAUGUUUGUGAUUGUAUUAGUGGAGUUAAUUUAGGUAGACCAUUAAUGAUAAAUGAUUAUGAUUAUGAUGAUUCAAAUUGUAAAUUAAUUACAGAAAAUUUGAAUGAAGUUGAAAAAAUAAGAAUAAUGGCUCAAAAGGCAACUUCAGAUAGUGCAUUAAUUAAUGUAAAAAUUGUUGAAAAUAUUUUUAAAGAUGGUAUAGUUAAUAUCAAGAGAGCUCAUAUAUUAGCAUUACAAUUAAAAAGAUGGUCAGUUGAAUUACCAAAAGAAUUACAAUUAAGUGCAGCAUUAGAAACUCAAAUGGAAUCAGGAACUGAUCCAAAUAAUUAUUUAUAUGUAUUAGUUCAUAUUGGACAAUUAUAUGGUAUAAUGACUUUAACAAGACCAUUUUUAGUAUAUGUUGUAACAAGAAAAUUAAAACCAGAAACAAAACAACAAAUUAAAGAUGAACAAAGUUUAAUGAAUUUUUGUAAAGCUUGUAUAAAAGCAAGUUUUUUAGUUAUAAAAUUAUUAAAAUUUUUUGUAACUCAUAAUCCAAAUAGAAAAGAAGUAUUUACAAUACAAUCAUCAUGCUUUUUUGCAUCAAUUAUUUUGGGAUUUACAUUAUUAGAACAAAGAAAUUCAUCAAAACCAGAUUAUCAUUAUAUAUCAGUAUUACAAGAUGCAUUAGAUGAUGGAUAUAAUAUAUUAAAUAAUUUUGCAUAUUUUAAUAUAACAUGUAAAAGAUGGGCAACAAAUUUACAAAAUAUGAUGAAUGAUUUGAAGAAGUAUGAUAAAACAACAACGACAACAAAUUCAGAAAGUUCUUUAAAUUCUUUAAAUUCAGAAAAUAAUAAUGAAAUUUUUAAUAAUGAAAUGAUAAGUUUAGGAACAGAAAAUAAAGCAUUAGAAGAAAUGAUAAAUUUUCAACAAUUUUUUGUACCAAGUACAAUUCAUCAAGAAUUAGAUCAAAUUUUGAAUUCUGCUAACAAAGAUAGUAGUAGUGAUAGUGGUUCAAAUAUUUAUAAAAAUAAUAAUAAAAAUAAUUAUAUGGAUUUUUUAGAUGCUUUUAGAUAUGAUAAUCAAAAUCAUGUAUUCUUUGGUGAACGUGAGUAA